AUGGGGGGGAGCGGACGCGCGGCGGAGCAGAGUGGACGACACGUGGGAAACGCGCGCGAAUGGGCGGCGCGCGGCGGGUUAAAGGUGGACACGUCGGUGACGGCUUUCGAGGCGCCUCGAGAAUCGCAUGUGACGGAGGACACGGUGUCGGCGCUGCGCGGAAGUAUCGAGACGAGCAGCUGGGAAGAGGUGGAAGCGCGGUGCAGGCAGCUCUCCCACGCCAACGUGGACAUCACCGCCAUGGACCUCACGCACCUGCCGCCCUCUCCCGCCCCCACUCCCGCUGCCGCCAAUCGCUUCUCACGCCCUCUCCCCCUCCUCUCCCCUUCCGCCGCCUCUGCCGCCGCCUCCGCCGCGGCCUCUGCGUUCAAAUCCGUGUCACGCGCUGCCCUCGCCAUCACAUCCCCUCGCUCUGACCCCCGUCCAGGCCUCCCCCUGCCUAGUCCCAGAGGUAUACUGAACCUGCCUAGUCCGAGAAGUCUUUUGAGUCUGCCUAGCCCCAGGGGUGUUCUCAGUCUCGCCUCCCCUGGAUCUACCCGCAGUAAGCAGCGCCAGCAGUGGCCGCAGCGGGAAGCGGAGGCGAUUGAGGAAGCCGAGGCGGUUGAGGAAGGGGAAGCGAUUGAGGAGGGGUGGGAGCAGGAUGCAGAGCGGGGUGGCAGGGCGCAGCAGCAGAUGCAACAAUGCCUGGGAAUCGGGGAGUGGCAGCAACAGGAGCAAGAAGAGGAGGAGGAGGAAGAGGAGGAGGAGGGAGAGGAGCAGCAGCAGCAGCAGCAGCAGCCACAGCAGCAGUCACGGCAGCAGACAAGCGAGGAGAAGCAGCAGCAGCUGGCAGAGGCAGAGAAACAGCAGCAGUCGACGAGGGAGCAGCAGGGCAGCUCCAGCCCUCCGAUGCGAUCUCUGUGCCCCUCGUGCCUGCCCGCCCUGCCCUCCUCCUCCUGCUACCCGCUAUCCCUUCCAUCCCGCCGCCGACCUUCCACUGCACGCAGGGCGGAAGCACAGGCAGGGGUAUCAGCGCCCAAGGCACAGGCACGUGCCAGGGAAAAAGUGAAGGCAGAGGCAAGGGCAGAAGCAAGGGCAGAGACAAGGGCAGAGGCGGGGGUAGAUGCAAGGGCAGAGGCGGGAGUAGAUGCGAGGGCAGAGGAUGAGUGGGAGGAGGAGCAGGGCGGAGGUGACAAGCUGGAGUGGGGAGAUCGGAGUGUGGGGCAGGAUCAAGGGUACUGCUCGAAGGUCUGGUAA